CAACUCUUAACUAAAUAAAGUGCCCAUGCUUCUGGUUUUCCAGGACAAGCAUAAAUCAAUAAUGUUAUUUAUAUAGGUUCAGCCAUUAAGGGUUCCCAAGACAUAUAAUUUCCUCUUCAUUUUACUCAAAAAAAAUGGCACAAGAGAUCAGAAAUGAAUAUGCCAGACAAAGUUAUAUAGGAAUCAGGCAAAGAAAAUGGGGGAAAUGGGUGUCCGAAAUUCGUGAGCCAGGCAAGAAAAGCAGGAUAUGGUUAGGAAGCUAUGAAGCACCGGAGUUGGCCGCGGCGGCCUAUGACGUAGCUGCUUUGCACCUAAAAGGUGCAAGGGCUCGCCUCAAUUUCCCUGAAUUGGGGGAGAAUUUUCCUAAACCAGCAAGUUCGAGUGCUGAACAUAUUCAAAUGGCUGCUCAGGAGGCUGCAAUGUGGUUUAAGAGGCAAAUUCAGGGACAGGAGGUGAAUGAAUGUGGUGGUGAUUAUGCUAAAAGUAGCUUAGUUCCGGCGAGGGUGGGGUUGUCCUCUAGCCAAAUUGAAGCUCUAUAUGAAUCACCAUUGGACUCACCCAAGAUGUGGAUGGAAUUAACAGGGGCUUUGUUUUCAGCUGAACCUAUGGUUUUCUACGGACAAGAAGAGUUUGGGCAUAGUGAAGAAUUCAUAGUGUAUAACUCCAUUUGGGAUUAAUUAUUUGAUACUGUUUAAUUAGUGUACAAUUAUCUUUACCUAAACAUAAAGGAAACACUACUAUUAUUUUUUCCUUGGGGAAUUAUUCUAAUAGCCCUUUACAGAAGAGAAUUAUUAUCUUCCAAAAGGGCAAAAACAAAAGUGUACAAGUUUUGGUGCUAGCAAUCAACCAUCUUUGGAGAAUAGAUCAUGGUUAGAAUCUUGAGGAUCUUGGACUGUAGGAUGUUGGGUGGUAGGUUGAUUUUUAUCAAUUUUCUUUUCAACAUUUUAUUGUACUUUGUUGUAAUUUGUUGUCUGACCCUUGUAAACCUUCAU